UGGGGAGCCCCGGGCUCACACCGUGCCCACCUUAGAGGAGCCGCCGCAGCCCCCCGGGUGUCCCCGCCGCCCUCUCGGGGGGCUGAGCAGUCCCUGAGUCCCAAAGUAUUGAACUCACUCUGUCCCACCCAGAGGAGGACCUGUCGCAGGUGGCCUCUGGGCCUGAGACCUGAGUACCUGUAGUGAGAAUGCUUGUCUUUCCAUGAUCUGUGUGUUCCUUGUAUAAGUUUCCAUGAUCUCUUUGCUCUUUCUUAUAAUUCGUCUUCCCGGAAUCACAUUGCUUCUCUGAGCAAACAUCACAAAACAGCAUUUCCUCGUCUAAUGUGUGCAGAAUAGUCAAAACAACUUUUCUUUUGUUUUCUAAUCUCACCCCACGUGGUCAAAGAGAAGCUUUUCUGUUGAAUCAGGUGGUUAACAAUUUGCAUUGAUAAACCAUUAACUAUUUUGCUGGUAACAUUCUUCCUCAUUCCAAGAUGAUUCAGUGGGAGAAACCAAGCGAAGGGGAUUUGCCAGAGUGCAGGGUGGGUCUCUCUGUGCAGAACCAUCCCCAAGAGCUGUCCCUGUGCCAUUGGGGCAGCCCCAUGCUGUGGGGGAAAGCGGGAUUUACUUUGCACCAGCUUUGCCAGAUGCUCUGUCUUGUUUCAUUUGUGUUAAAGGGAUGACUGCAUGUGGCACUUGGAGCCAUGAUCUAAUUAACAAGGUGGUGAUCAGUCAAAGGUUGCAUUUGAUGAUCUCAGAGAUCUUUUCCAGCCUAAAUCAUUCUGUGGUUCUGUGACCAAUGCUGUGAGGGCUGUGCUGGUGUCUCAGCACCUGUCACUGCAGCCUGUGGCUGUGUCCCCUCAGUGUGACUCUCCUGCUGUAGCUGUUGGCUCAGUAGUGACCACACUGGUCUCCAUGGAAGCCUGGAGUGGCUGUGGGAGCAGAGGCUGCUGACUCAUGAGCUCACACGCUGGAGGAAGCUGUGCCCUUGUCCGCUCCCUGCUGCCUUGGCUGGGACUGCACCAGCCUGGGUAAGCUUUGGGCUGUUAGACAAACCCAGUGGCGGAUGUGGGGCCAACCAAGUCACCAUCAACAUCGACAUAGCUUCAUUAUCACCAGCACUGGGCUGCUUGUGUGCUUAUUUAGUUGCUCUAAGUUGUCAGCAACAAAAACUGGACACUGCCCAGAGGAGAGGAAGAACAGCUGUGACUGUAGGAACCCCCAGGGAAAGGUGGGGAAAGUGAUACUGUUAAUCUGUGAGACCAGCUUGCAUUCUGUACCCACCUUGAUGGACAAAUUGUUCCUUGUGUUUAUUUGAAUCAAGCAAGGCCGAAAUCAGAUCUUUGGAAAAGCUUUCCAAUUAACAAGAAAACUUAAAUCCUGGAACAAAUUCUGAAUUACUGAGUUGCUGCUUUUGCAGAGAGAGGGAUGUUUUCCAAGAGUGUGUCAGAACAACAUCUGUCAGGGAUCACCUAAACCUAACUGAUGUGAUGCCUUAUUUGGGUCUCCUCCAGGCCAUGAAUCUCUGUGGUAGGUGCAUUUCUGCCAGACAUGAACACCUGGUUCACAGCUGAGAUGAUCCCUGUUCCUGUUUGAUUCUCAGGGACACUUUGGACAAGUCCCUCUGACCCUCAGUAUCCUCAGGCAUUUAUUUCAUCAGAGCAAUUUGCUUGUCAGACAUUCUCCUCCAUUAUUUCCCUAAAUGUUAUCCAGGAAUAUGGUCUGCUAAAACAGAAAUGUGCCAAAGCUCUGGUGUUGUUCCCAAAAGGAGGAAUCACCAGAAAAGCACAGGGACAGCCGCAGUGCUGAGCUCUCCAUCAUGCCUGAGGCUGGAAGGAGCCCUUCCUGCGAUCCCUCAGGUUGUUCCAGAUGGUUUGCCAGGUGCGUGGAAGGGAGUGGGCACUGCUGACAUGGGGUGGCCAGCACUGCCUGCUCCGGGGUGUCCAGCUCAGGGGUGAAUAACAGCCACAGAAAUGCGCGAUAAGCACCGGAACGUCGGGUUCCACCGGGCAGCUGCGAGGUGUGGAGCACCAGAUCUCCAGUGGACAUGGGUGGCUCAUGGAGGAAUUGAAUCCACUUUGAGUCAUAGCAGGAGGAGAAGGACAAACCUGUACUUAAAGCAUUUUUCUUGCCAUGACCCCUCUUCCCACAAAGAUUUGCAGAGAUUUGGGCAGAGCUGCGCUCCUUCCCUUGCGCUGUCCCUGCAUCAUCUUGAUGUUGAUGGAAAGCUCUUUGAGCAUGACUUUGCUUUUCCAUUGCUCCUGUCAAGUGCCAGCUUGGAGUUGUAGUAAUAGUGUCAAUCUCAAACCAAUUAAUUUCACUCACUCCACUGUUGUAACUUUAAACUUUGCCUAUUAUCCAGAAACUCCAGUCUAUUAUGCUUGGUGCUGAUGUGUCCUGGGCAGGCCAGCCCUUAAGUUCUCCUAUCCUAUUGAUACUCAAAUGAAGCCUUGAAUAUUUGACCUACAAAAAUCUGCAAAGAAUCUCAUGUGUGAAACAGUAGCCUUGAAUUGAGGGCAUUUUGCAUGUGGAAGGAGGGAGCUCCUGGUGCUGCUGCCAGGUGCUCUUGCCCUGUUCCUGUUCCAUCCGGGAUGGCAGGGCCAGGACAGGCUCCUGCCUGCAGCAGAGCCCAGCACUGGGGUCACUGAUAAAGGUCACUGAUAAAGGUCAUCUCAACAUAGAUUCCUGUUGAGAGCAGCAGUGAAGAAUCUGCCUCUGUGCAGUCCUGGUUUCCCCUUCCGUCCUCCAGUCCUUGUGCUGUCCUCCUUGGAGUGCAGCCAGGCCUGGAUCCUGCUUCUGCCUUGGCUGUAGGUGGAGCUGGAGUGGCUCUUUGGUAAACAGAAUUAGAGGCAAAUGUAGGAGGUUCCUGAAGUCACCUGUGAGCUGCCUCCUCCCAUUCCUGGACCCGGGCUGCCUGCGAGGCACUUUAAAUUGCUGGUUGGCACAGCCCUGGACACAGACUUCAUCAGCAUGGCACGAGGCAUCCUCCUGCUGGGGCUCCUCGCCCUGUGCGUGCAGCUGCAGGCAGCACCCAUUGCAGAGUUCCAUGGAGUAGCUCCAGCUGGGUGGCCACCACCAGGACAUCUGGCAAGUGCCCUGAGCCUUGAGCCUGGGAAAGAGCCCAGCACAGUGCCUGACAAGGAUGAUGGUGAUGGUGAUAAUGACAACAGCUCCAAUAGCCAUGAAAUGGGGGACUCCAGUAGCAGUGAAACUGGUGGUGAUGGCAACAAUGCAAAUGACUAUGAUGGUGGUGAUGGUAAUAAAAAUCAGCUUUGUGAUGGCAAUGACCAUGAUCAUGGUGACAACAGUGAUGAUGGCGAUGGUGAUGAUGAUAAUGAUGAUGAUGAUGAUGAUGGUAAUGGUGGUGAUGAUGAUGAUGAUGGUGAUGAUGAUGCCAACGGUGACAAUUCCAAUAGCAAUGAAGAUGGUGAUGAUGGUGAUACAAAUGACCUUUCUGAUGGCGAGGACAAUGACAAUGAUAAUGGGGAUGAUGGCAGUGAUGAUGGUGAUGAUGGCUAUGAAGAUGGUGAUGAUGGCAUCCAUGAUGAACAUUCCAAUAGCAAUUAUAAUGUUGAUGAUGACAUCAGCAGUGACAGUUCCAAUAGCCAUGAAGAUGGUGACUACAAUGACAACGAAUAUGAUCACUCCAACAGCAAUGAAAAUGGUGCUGAUUAUGGGGGGUGGAGAUUUUAGAUCGUAAGGGUGUCAUUGCCCUGGGAUUUUCAGAGAUUUUUGGGUUCCUCUUGUGCAGCACCCAGCUCAGGCUGCCAGGUUUCAUAAUUGAUCUGUGGCAAUAAAUGUAUCUAGUGAACAUGA